AUGUUCAUUACUAAAGCAUCUGCGCAAAGCGACAGCAACGACGUAUUCGAUCCCAAGGGGCGCACAAAACUCGCGCUUGAAGCUCUACAAUUGUGGUAUAACACAACUACCGGCCUAUGGGAGUCGACUGGGUGGUGGAAUGGUGCGAAUAUCAUGACAAUGAUUGGCGACUACGCGAAAUCAGAUACUGAAGAUGAAGAAUUGCAGGGCCUGGCAAGCGAUAUCUUUGCGACUGCGUUGCUAAAGGCGCCGAUCAAGAAUCCAGACGCGGGUAUUGAUGAGCUGUGUGCUUAUAGCACAACGCCAACUGUCGGCAACACGACUUGCCACCAGACUGGGUACACGAAGAUACUCGAUCCGGAUACCGGCGAGCCUCACACAUUCUAUCCGCUUGGCUGGUACGAUAAUGGGGGGUCCUAUCCCACCAGGCCAGAUCCUCUUGACUGGCUAGACGGCUACUACGACGAUGACCUCUGGUGGGCGUUAGCCUGGAUCAAUGCAUACGACGUCACCGCCGACCCGGCUUAUCUCAACCUCGCGGAAGGCAUAUUCCUCGCUGUAUCGCGCACCUGGGGUACUUACUGCUCUCAUGGCGGUAUCUACUGGAAUUGGGAAAGGGACUACGUGAAUGCGAUUGCCAACGAGCUCUUCUUCAGUACCGCUGCGCAUUUGGCUACUCGUGCCAAUCACGAUGGAAAGAAGACACUGUAUCUGUAUUGGGCUGAGAGAAGUCUGAGUUGGUUCCUUAGAAGUGGUAUGAUCAACGAAGGUGGUACUAUCUGUGAUAGUUUCGGGCCUAGGGCCCUCUCUCUACUAUAA